GACAAAAGUACAAAUGUGAGAGAUGUAGCGAAGCGGCAAGCCUGCGUGUGGUUUUAGGGGGGACGUAAACAAAACUCUUAUCCCUCCUCUGUUCGUGGGGGAGGCAGUUCCUCAUGUGUUUAUAGUUUAUUUUGUCUUGAUUGGACCGGAAUGGAAGCAAUUCGAACCCCUAAAGUUGAAAAUGUCCGCAUGCUGGAUCGAUUCAACAACCGUAAAUCUUCAACCGGGUCCCUUUAUCUGACUACUACUCAUCUCAUUUUUUUCGACCCAGAUCGCAAAAAGGAAACAUGGAUCCUUCACAUGCACAUUGCAUCAAUAGCAAAGCUUCCCAUAUCGGCAAACGGCACGCCGCUUCAAAUUAGGUGCAAGAACUUCCUCUGUGUAACCUUCUUGAUUCCUAAGGAGAGGGACUGCCAUGACAUCUUUAUCUCUCUGCAGCAACUCUCCCAACCCCUACACAUCAAUGACCUGUACUGCUUCCAUUACACUGCAUCAAAUGAAGACCUCACGAAGUCAAUGGGCUGGAACAAGUUUGACUUCCAAGCGGAGUAUGUUCGAAUGGGUGUGCCAAACACCUAUUGGUCCGCAACAAGCAUCAAUCAAGAUUAUGAGAUUUGUGAUACAUACCCUAGGAACCUCUAUGUCCCCUCCGUGGCCAGUACUGCAAUACUCGUUAGCAGUAGUCAAUUUCGCAGUAAAGGAAGGCUGCCUGUUCUCUCCUACCUGAAUAAAAACAUGGCAGCAAUAUGCCGAUGCAGUCAACCACUGUCGGGAUUCUCAGCACGAUGUGUUGAAGACGAGCAACUCUUGAACUGUAUCCUGAAGUCAAAUCCCACCUCAAAAUUUAUGUAUGUGGUGGACACACGGCCUCGAAUCAAUGCAAUGGCUAACAAGGCUGCCGGGAAAGGCUACGAGAAUGAGAACUUCUAUGAGAACAUCAAGUUUCAGUUCUUCGGCAUAGAAAACAUUCAUGUGAUGCGCAAUAGCCUGCAGAAGCUCAUUGACACGUGCGAAGCAAGUGAACCCUCAAUGGGGGCCUUUCUGGGAGGCUUGGAGGCAAGCGGGUGGCUGCGACAUGUCCGAGCCAUCCUGGAGACUGCGCACUUUGUGGCCCGAGCAGUGGAAGACGGCGUGAGCGUGCUGGUGCAUUGCUCAGACGGCUGGGACCGCACGGCGCAGACAUGCUCCCUGGCAAGCCUCCUGCUGGACCCUUACUAUCGCACCAUCAUGGGUUUUCAGGCUUUGAUUGAGAAAGACUGGCUGGCCUUUGGGCACAAGUUCAUGGACCGGUGUGGCCUGGUUCAGGGUGACCAACGUGAAGUGGCACCCGUGUUCACCCAGUUUGUGGACGCUGUCUGGCAGCUUAUGCACCAGUUCCCCUCCUCGUUCCAGUUCAACGAACGCUUCCUGCUCACCAUCCACGACCACGUCUACUCGUGCCAGUUUGGCACUUUCGUUGGGAACUGCGAGAAGGAUCGCCUUGACUUGAGGCUGAGCUCCAGGACCUACUCACUGUGGGCCUAUCUGGGCAACCACAUCUCGGAGUACGUCAACCCCUUGUACAGGACGGACAGGAGAGGAGCUGACACCCUCCACCCAUCACUGGCUCCACAGGCAAUCAGGUUCUGGAGGGGUAUGUACAACCGAUUUGAGAAUGGAGUCCAUCCACGUGAACCCUUGAGUGAUAUCCUAGCCGCAACAAAGGAUCACAUCCUCAGCCUGGAAGACCACAUCCAACACCUUGUCAAGCGCAUAGCGCAGCUGCGAGAGCUGCUGCACCACGCGGACACCCCGAGCAAGGACCUGGAUUCUGUGCUGGGGGAGUCGCUGACCGGGGACGAGCUGGACUCCCAGCCGGCCUCUUCUGAGGGGGCUGUCAGUGUGCGCGACUCGGGCUUCGGGGACACCGACUACAAUGAGUGCAAGGAGCUUCGGCAGAAACUGCAUCAACACAAGCUGGGGGACAGUUUUGGUUCCACUGUGCUUCAAAAGUUGAUGGAGGAAUUCGACUCGGUGGCUGUGGACUGGAAGUCGUUUAGGAACAUCAAGGAAUGUCCCUGCUCCACACCGUUCGACCACUUCAGGAGAAAGUUCCACUGCUGGAGUUGCGGAGACGUGUUCUGCAUUCGUUGCAUAGACAAGAGGUUGUGUCUACCUGGGCACAUGACCAAGCGACCAGUGCCAGUUUGCCGACACUGCUACAAAGAACUGACGCACACUAAUUCGAUAGAUUCCUAAAUCAGCCGGGAAGAGACAGGCACCUCCUCCCCCCUCCUGCACCUCCUGCCCCAUCACACUACAAGGAUCCAUCGGCUUGAACGUGUCGCGCACUCGCGAAGACGUUGCUACAACAUUCUUUUUGUACUCUGGGGAAAAUGGGGGAAAAGACGGCACUAAUGUUGCUACUGAUGUACAGCAAGUGAGGUCCGCAGCGAGGCUGUCCAAAUCCGAGAGCACUUCGUAGUACUACCAUGUUGACAUCUUUUAAAUUAGCGUAGGAAUGUAGGUUGAAGCCCAUGACAAGGAUGGAAUGGGUUUCACUGUCUCAUGACUACUAUUGGGUCUUAGGCCAUAGCUAUGCAAGAAAAAAUGCGGAAGAAAGGGACCCCUCAUCCUAGACAUGGCUGCUACCUUGCCGCUGUUCUGAGACCUCACAGGAUAGUUCUUGUUGCUUGUUUUUAACGCCUGUUGUGAUGGCUGUGAUACCAGCCUCUGCAAAGAAAUUUGGUUGUUCUUUUGCAUUGUUCUUGUAUUAAGUGAGAAAGCUACUGUGUUGCAUAAUGUUUUGUAUGAUAUAAUUUAAUGUGGCUGUUCACAAAAGAGGAACAAGCAAUUUUUAAAAGCAGCACUCUGGUUACCCUAGGCCAGUGCUAGUAGCCUUGGAAAUUCUAAGAGCGUGUUGUCACUUGGCUACGACUCCCUAGAUUUUAGCUUGGUGCCUGCAUGCCUUGUGGAUGUGAAUUAACUUUCUUUUUUGUCUAGUCAUCUGCUAAAAUAUGGUACUUAUGGAGAUUGCUGUUUUAGUUAUUGUCAUUUUUCUUGUCUGGGUACUGUUCUGGAGACUGCUGAAUUUGCCAUCUUGUCAGCUUUGGUUGGCCCACAAGGCUGCUGUGUCCUCAUCAAUUGGCUCAAAAUGCCAACAUGGCAGAAUUUGAUCAGUGUCCAGGACAGUAUCGCCCCGUCAGCCAUCGCGAGUUGUCAGGUUAUAGGCGAGGCUGUAACGGAGUCGGAAUACCUUGAGUUUAUUCUUUAGGCUUAUUUGCUAGUGCUUGUAUCUUCUUAACUAGUAUGAGGUAAACAUUCUUUUACCCAUUAUAGCAAGGUCUUUCUCUUCUCCUUGUAGUUCCUUUCAAUGUUGUCACAGUCCCAACAUUCCAGUUGGCCCCUUGCAGAGAGUAGAGAUGUCUUGUGCUUUGCUUCGCCAUCACACACACACACAAAAGAAAAAAAUGAACUCUAGCCCUUUUAUCACGUAGCCCUUUUAUAACCUUCCCUCACAUCCUGUGAGAGCAGUUUUUUGCACACCGUGUUACACUCCUGUAUGGUUGUGCGCAAGUUUACCAUAUACUCUAUAUACAUACUACUACGAACGUUGUGUGCAUGUCUGUGUGUGACGUUUCACGGUGAAGCCCGUUUUUCUGUGCCUGAUACUUGCACCAACACAAUCACGGUAUUGUGGAAGUUGUUUUUCUUAAUCAGACCUUUUGUGCAUUGCCGACUGCUUUGUUUCUCUGCAGCCGUUUUUUUUUCUGUCUGUCUUUGCUGCACUACUGAUGCUUUUCAGAGAGUGUGUAACUGUUCGCUGAUCAUUUUAGCAUGGGCCUGUGGUUACUGAUGAGCUUCCCCUCCCUCCCAUUUUUACCGCCUGCUCUAGAGGCUGUAUGUUCUUUCCCUCUGGACCUGUUAGCAGCUCCACUUGUCCUGGAUGACGAACCAAGGCCCACUAUCUAUAUAGUUUGUUUAGCUGUACAGAAUUUAUGACCACUUACCUUAAUUUUUCUUUAGACUUGCUUUUUUUAUUUUAUUCUGUAGUGUAAUGAUUUAAUGAUUCACUGGUGUUUGUUUGCUUGCUGUUUUCAUUGCCACUUUAACAAAAUGCUGCUAUGUUCUCCUUUGUCAUUUUUGUUGUAACAUUUUAAUCUAGAAACUUUGUAAUGAAAGCUAAAUGGCAUGCGAAUAAAUCUCAAUUUCAGAUGUG